GACAGUGCAGGGAGACCGAGUCAGGUGAUUUCCAAGGAAGCGAUUCAUUCAGUCAUCCUCCACAGAGAGGGGAGUCCGCCCAACCCGGAUGCACAGAGCGUCUGUGGGGCGGUCAGCUGUGGGGUUCAGCCGGUUUUAGCUCGCAGGAUUGGGGGUAUUUCAGCACCAGAAAGGACGGACAGCUCCCGCGGCGUUCAGCUUUGUUCCCACGCCGCUUCUGAGACCCGCGCCCGCUGCAUCUCGCUCUGAGGACCGCGACGCAGAGGGGCUCGGUGGAGCAGACUGCAUGCCGGAUUCGACGCUUUUAAGGAGGUCAUUUGCAUGCGGAAUCACGCCGGGUGCAGCAGCUCUACGUCGGGACUGAGAAACGAUGGCGGAGUGUGGAAGGAGGGGACUGUCGCUCCUCGAGGAAGCGCGAUCUCGCUACGAGAGCCUGCAGAUUUCCGACGAUGUAUUCGGGGAGUCGGGAGACGACAGCAGCGAAAACCCCUUUUACAGUACGACGGGAGACUCCAAUUCGGAUAACUACACGGAGACGAAUCCGGACGAUGCCAGAGCAGGUAAAGCGAGGAGUCAGAGCUGCGGUCCCCCCGGAUCCGUCUCCAACGGCCAGGCGCAGGAGGAGGGCUGGAGAGACUCGCUACAGGACCUCAGCGUGGCCCACUAUCAGGACACGCAUGGUCCGACACAGAAAAUGCCGGCCACUGCCACGGCCAUGGACUUCUUCCAGCUGUUUGUCCCUGACAACGUCAUUCAGAACAUGGUGACCCAGACCAACAUGUAUGCCAAGAAGUACCAGGAGCGCUUUGGCAGCGAUGAAGGAUGGACCAAUGUGACGCUGGCUGAGAUGAAGGCCUUUCUGGGCUACAUUACUUCUACUGGCGUGAACCGUUGCGAGUCAGUGCUGAGCAUCUGGAGCAGUGGAUUCUUCAGUAACCGCAGCAUCGCGCUCAAGAUGAGCCAGGCACGGUUCGAGAAGAUCCUCAAGUACUUCCACGUCGUAGCCUUCCGCUCCAGCCAAGGUGGCAGUCAGGGCCUCUAUAAGAUCCAACCCUUCCUGGACUCUCUCCAGCAGAGCUUCGCCUCGUCCUUCAGGCCCUCACAGACACAGGUCCUCCAUGAGCCCUUGAUUGAUGAGGACCCCGUGUUCAUUACCACAUGUACAGAGAGGGAGCUGCGCAAGAGGAAGAAGAGAAAGUUCAGCCUGUGGGUGCGACAGUGCAGCUCCACUGGUUUCAUCUGUCAGAUCUAUGUCCAUCUAAAGGAGGGUCCAGGUCCAGAUGGUUUGGACACGCUGAAAAAUAAACCCCAGCUUCACAGUCUGGUGGCCAAGCAGCUCUGUCAGAAUCUGGCUGGCCGUAAUGCAAUCAUCUUCACUGGCCCAAGCAUCACAAGUCUAAACUUGUUUCAGGAAUUUGAGAAACAGGGCAUCUACUGCUGUGGGUUGCUGAGCACUAGGAAGAGUGAUUGUACAGGUCUUCCUCAGUCUAUGCUGAUCAAUACCGAGGCUCCACAGCAACGUGGCCAGUCUCACAUUAAGAUGAGAGGCAAUAUGUCCAUAAUCAAUUGGUACAACAAAGGCAACUUCAGGUUCCUCACUAACGCCUACUCUCCCACUAAAGAAGCAGAAAAUGAGAAAUGUCAGCGCUGA